AUGACAAACGAAAAACUGCGAAUUAUCAUUGUUGGCGGCGGGAUCGCCGGCCUCACCUCCGCAAUCGCUCUCCGCGCCCCGAAUAGACAAAUCAUAGUCCUGGAGCAAUCGCGCCUAAAUCGAGAAAUCGGUGCCUUAAUUUCACUUCAGCCCAAUGCCUCCAGGAUCAUGGAGACGACAUGGGGGCUCGGCGCGGAGAUGGAAGAGGCGCGCGGGAUGGUGGAUGAGGGACUCCGCAUUUUCGACACGGACGGAUCUCUUGUCAAUGAGAUUCCACUCUUGUCCAAGACCGAGUACGGUGGAAGCCGUAUCAUCUAUCACCGGAAUGACUUGCAUGAAGCUUUGAAGUCAGCGGCUACAUCUAGCCAAAGAAAAGGAGAGCCGGCGACCAUUCGGGUGUCGUCUAGAGUUGUAAGCUGUGAUCCCAGCGAAGGAGAGGUAAUUCUUGAGAGUGGUGAAGUGUUGACGGCCGAUAUUAUCAUCGGUGCGGAUGGAAUACAUAGCGUAUUGCGGAAAUCUGUACUCGAAGAUGAACCUGCUGCUAUGCCCACGGGUACCUCCGCUUAUCGUCUGAUGAUACCCUCAGAAGUUCUUGAAAAACAAGAGCCCCAGUUCUGUACAAAGAUUAACCCCAGAGAUCCAUAUACGUCUAUGAUUGUAGGACAUAAUUGUCGACUUGUCAUGGGCCCGGGCAGGAGAGGCGACAUGUAUGGUGUUGUCGCAAUGGUCCCCGAUGAGAGAAUGAACGAGGACCCCAGUCUUCGACAAUCAUGGGUAUCUGAAGGAAGUAUGGAUAAACUUCUUGAUACUUUUGCCGAGUUUCCUAGUUGGUUAACUAGCAUAUUCAAACACUCCCCAGAUCUCGGCUUGUGGCAAUUGCGUGACAUGGAUCCAUUGAGCACAUGGCAUCGCGGUCGCACCUUUUUGAUCGGCGAUGCUGCGCAUCCAAUGCUGCCAACGCAGGGCCAAGGUGCAAGUCAAUCCAUUGAAGAUGCAGAAGCAUUGGGUGCAUUUUUCGAGGACAUCGAACAAAGUCCAUCUAUGGAGCAACUUGAGGGAAUCUUCGAGAAAAUCUUCCGAUCUCGACAUGAGAGGGUCAGUCUGAUCCAAGGCUAUAGCCGACAGGCCGCGAAACCAGGUGCUGUCAAGGAGCAGAAGACUGUUACCAUGAAACCUGACGAAUUCAUGGAUUAUAAUUGCAUGUAUCGCGGCGCAAAGAAAUGGUUACAGACAGUAUCGCCAGUUUGA